AUGAGAGGGGAAGAAGGGCUCGAUGAGCUUUGCGAGGGUGUGUUGAGAGCGAACGAGUGGAGAUAUGAGCGUACCGUACCUUAUAAGCCUACAGUCGAGUGGGAUCAGCGCUGGGCCAAGUCCUCGCAAAGCCAUCGUGUUAGAGCGUUGAACGAGCGAACGGGUGGUAUGUACCGUCUCAUACCACAGCAAGAAGAUCCCCUCCGAAAUCUAGCCCAAGCAGCCGGCCUAGCAAUCUUCUCCGCCUUCCGCGCGGGGAUGUACUUCGCCGGCACAUCCGGCCACGGCGCCGUCCUCGCCCGGCUCGCAGACGGAACCUGGUCACCGCCCUCAGCCUUCACGGUCAAAAGCGGUGGAGUGGGAUUGGUGUACGGCGUCGACGUCUUCGAUUGUAUUUACGUGCUGAACACCCCGGAAGCAGUGGAGGCUUAUAAGUCCCCUGACUUUAACCUAGGAGGCCGAGCGGAUUUCGCCUUGGGACCUUUAGGCGGGAAAGCGAAUUCGGAUGUUGGAAAUGGGGAGACGGUGCUGGCGGUGUGGACGUAUACUAGAUCCAAGGGGAUUUAUGGCGGGGUGACGUUGGAUGGGACGGUGGUCAAGGAGCAGAGGAAGGUGAACGCCGAGUUUUAUGGUGGUGCUGUGACGGUGGCGGAGAUUCUGAAGGGGGAGGUGGAGGUUAGGGAGGGGAAGGGAAGAUGGCCUGAGGGGGCGCGGAAGUUGAUGAGUUCGCUGGAGUCGCUCGGGUAG